AUUCCUCUUAACCCCUCCCCAGUAUAUAUUUUCUACCCUCUAUAUUUUUCCUCUAUGCAUUCCCUCUCCUGCCUCUGUGAUGCUCUUCCCUGCCAUGUGGUGGCUGUUUGGCGUUCUGAUCUGUCUGCUGGUGGCCCUGGUCAGCUUCUUGCUCCUAAACACUGGGCAGCGCUAUAAGCUGUUCAGUGAGAAGUGUCUGAAACCGCCGGGACCCCUGGUCACCGACAGCAAAGAGAGGGAUGCCAGACUAAAGAGAGGUUUUCGUGUGGACCGGGUUCCUCCCAAUCUGGAUGCGGUGGUGAUUGGCAGCGGCAUUGGAGGUCUGACAGCUGCAGCCCUUCUAGCCAAAGCCGGGAAGAGAGUUUUAGUCCUGGAGCAACAUGAUCAUGCCGGAGGCUGCACACACACCUUCCAGAAAGAGGGCUUUGAGUUUGAUGUUGGUAUCCACUAUCUGGGCCAACUGCAUGAGAACAGCUUGUUGAAGGUUGCUGUGGAUCAGAUCACAGAGGGACAGCUGCAGUUUGUGAAGCUGGAGCAACAUUAUGAUACCGUCCUUUUUGGAGAGCCUGGCCAGUGCAGGGAAUACCACAUUCAUUCAGGAAAGGCCGAGAUGGCCGCUUCUCUGAAGAAGCAGUUCCCAGAGGAAGAGGAGGCCAUUGAUGAGUUCAUGAAACUGAUGAAGCACGCUUCACGGAGAGCUCCCCUUCUUGCCAUACUGAAGAUGCUGCCCUACCCAUUGGUGAACUUUCUGAUUUGGACGGGCCUAUUGGAUAAAAUAUCUUCUAUUUUUCAACUAGCAACAACCAGGCAUUCAGAAAUGAUGUCCCGACUCACUCAGAACAAAGACCUGCAGGCUCUCUCUGCCUACCUUUUCUAUGGUGUUCCUCCUAAAGAGUCAAGCUUUCUCAUCAAUGCUCUCCUUCUCCAUCACUACAAACGUGGGGCAUACUAUCCAUAUGGGGGUUCCAGUGAGAUUGCCUUCCACAUGGUUCCUGUCAUUCAGCAGGCAGGUGGUGAAGUACUGGUCAGGUCGCCUGUUCAACGCAUCCUCAUUAACAGUGAGGGAAAGGCCUGUGGCGUGACAGUGCUUAAAGGACAACAAGAGAUUGAAGUCCAUGCCCCCGUCAUCAUUUCGGAUGCUGGAAUCUUUAACACCUUCCAGAAAUUUCUGCCUCGGCAUAUACAGGAAAACCCAGAAAUCCAGUCACUGCUGGGAAUGCUUCGACAUGGUAUGGGCUCAUUUUUGGUCUUUGUGGGUCUGGAUGGAACCAAGGAGGAGUUGAACAUCAAUUCUAAAAACAUCUGGAUGUAUAAAGGCAAUGACUUGGACUCCAUUAUGGAGGAAUACUGUUCUUUGAAGAGAGAGCAGGUUCUAGGAAACAUCCCCAUGAUGUUCAUCACCUUCCCAUCUGCUAAAGACCCAUCAUCCACCAUCAGACAACCAGGUAAGUCCUGUAUGACAUUGCUUACCAUGGCGCGCUAUGAGUGGUUCGAGGACUGGGAGAAGACCAAGGUUGGCAAGAGAGGCCAAGAAUACCAGGAUAUGAAGGAGAGCAUGGCCAAAGAGCUGCUGGAAUGGGCUCUAACCAUCUUCCCCCAGCUCCGAGAUAAGGUGGUGAUGGUAGAAGCCGCCACCCCUUUGACUAAUGUCCACUACCUGGGCGCUCCAAGAGGGGAGAUGUAUGGUGCUGAGCACAACUUGGAGCGCUUCAGUCCAGAGAUUGCUGCUAAGACACGACCACAGACACCAGUCAGUGGCCUCUACCUAACAGGUCAGGACGUUUUCUGCAAUGGCUUGGCUGGGGCUCUGCACGGCGGACUGCUCUGUGCCUCGGCUGUGCUCAACCAAAUUCUCUACAUCGAUCUUUUUGCUCUGAAAACACGCCUUAAGCGCCAAAACACCAAGACAAAGAAGUCUUGGUUGGAAUUUCACAAGCAUAAAUAAAAAGAGAGUCACUGAAGGCCGGGGAUGUGGUCCAAAUACGAUCAGCUCAACCUUUAAAAGGCUGCCAUGUUCCUUUCAGCUACCUCUGACCUCCUCUAGUGGUCUUCAGAUCAACCUCUGAAUGUCCUCGGCAUCAGAAACCAGUUCAUCAAUAAACUCUGUUUAAACCAUCGACAUGCACACAUA